UCCCGCCGCCUGGGCCAACGUGGCCGCCUUCGCUAUGGACCCACCGCCCGUAGGAGCUGAGCCAAUGACUCUUGGCUCCCCAACAUCUCCGAAACCAGGAGCUAGUGCUCAGUUUCUUCCUGGAUUCUUGAUGGGCGAUUUACCUGCGCCAGUGACUCCCCAGCCACGCACUUUAAGUGGCCCUUCAGUUGGUGUGAUGGAAAUGAGGUCUCCGCUACUUGCAGGAGGAUCUCCCCCACAACCAGUAGUCCCUACACAUAAAGAUAAAAGUGGUGCUCCGCCAGUUAGAAGCAUAUAUGAUGAAUUGUCUAGUCCUGGACUUGGAUCAACGCCUCUAACCUCAAGAAGACCAGCCAGCUUUUCUCUAACACAGAGCUCGUUCGUUGGAACUAUGCCAUCAACUCCUGGAACAGCUUCAAAUAUGUUCAGUCCUGCAAGCAUUGGGCAGCCUAGGAAGACCACUCUAUCUCCUGCUCAGCUAGAUCCUUUUUAUACUCAAGGUGACUCCCUGACUUCAGAAGAUCAACUUGAUGACACGUGGGUAACUGUAUUUGGAUUUCCUCAAGCAUCAGCUUCAUAUAUUCUUCUACAGUUUGCUCAGUAUGGAAACAUAUUAAAGCAUGUGAUGUCCAACACGGGAAACUGGAUGCAUAUUCGGUAUCAGUCUAAGCUUCAAGCCCGGAAAGCCUUAAGCAAAGAUGGAAGAAUUUUUGGUGAAUCUAUCAUGAUUGGUGUCAAGCCAUGUAUAGAUAAAAAUGUGAUGGAAAACUUUGAAAGAAGCUCUACAUCCUCAAUGUCUUCAGUGUUCACUCCACCUACAAAAUCUGUCAGCACACCAGUACAACCUGCAAAUAAUACUACAAGAAUUUCUACAAUGAGACCUCUUGCAACAGCAUAUAAAGCUUCCACUAGUGACUAUCAGGUGGUUUCUGACAGACAAACUCCUAGGAAAGAUGAAAGUAUUGUAUCUAAAGCAAUGGAAUAUGUUUUCGGCUGGUAAUACACAAGAGGAAGUAACACACUAAGUAGGUCAGGGUUUAAAGUAUGCUACUGGCAUCCGUGGUUAGUUGUAUAACUGCUGGUGGCAGUAUUUUAACUUGCAUCUCACCUGUUAUGCCUUCAGUUAAUUCAGCAGACAUGUAGCUUGCACUUUAAAUGAUGGCAGUGUACACACGGUUUUAAAAACUGAGUAAGUGUAAAUAUAAGUGCUUUUUUCC